UUAACGAUGUAUCAAAGUUGGAUUAAAUUGUAAAAUGAAAUAUCAAAGACAUUUGAAAUACGGAUAUCCUUAAUACCAGUCCACCUAACAAAUUAAGUCUUCCUAUGAUUAAAUUAAAGAGUGCUAGUUCAUGAACUUAGAUAAAUGGAUAAUAUGUCAUCAUCGCAAAUAAACGUUUAUUUGAAAAAUGUAUAUAUGGUGAGUUUGAUUUUGCUAUCUUAUUUUGAGAUUGGAUGUCAGCAACAGCGAUGGGGACUCUGCAGUUUUGUUUAAGUAUGUGCGUGGUCAUUUUGUUCUGUAGUUGUGGCGACACGUUGAAUACUACGACUGUAAGAAAUGGGAAAUCAACGAUUGGACCUGUAUUUGUGACAGUCACCGAAAAACCAAACCAGUCUGAUCAGCGGCAAGUUUUGAUCAGAUUUUCUGGACCUCCAGAUACAGUGCUAACUUUGAACGCACGAAAACGUAAUAAAGUUCAAGAUUCAGAUGGGAUGUUUGUAUCAGAGGUGGAUCUCGAACAGCCCAUGAAUUUUACCAUAAGAUUAUCCUCCAAAGCCACAUAUGAGUGGUUAUGGAUCACCAUAUUUGAGGACAUUGAUUAUUAUGAAAUAUAUCCUACCUGUAGCCUAAAUAUUACCUCUUCCGAUAAUAGAGAGAUAACAAUAUACACCAUCGUAGUAUCAGAUUGUCACGAAAAACCCGAGGGAGACGUUGUCCGCAGAUUUUUAAAAAACGGAAAACGCAUCUAUUCAACAGAUUAUCUGACAAUAGAAGAAACCCACGAGUCUAGGCAGGAAAGUGUAACGACCGUAAGCUUCAAUAGAUCCAGAAUGAUGAACGACAAUGUCGAGCUCUCUCUGUGGUUUGGUUUAUAUUAUGUUUCACAAGAAAACCGAACACCUGAGAUAUAUCAAGAAUUCACUAUUUUUGAUGAAAGCAAUUUAAUCAGUCCAUCCCCUGAUAGUUGAAGUACUAAACAUUCACAGUGUGAAGUUAUACAUUUCUUUGUGAAGUUAUAUAUUAUUUUUCUAAUUGAUAAAAGUUGUAGUAUUUUUUUCAAAGUGAAAAUUAUUUUAAAAACAUAUAGUAAUGAAGAGAAACCAACUACUGAACGUGCUUUUUUAACUAAUUGUGAUAGGUACCUGGUUGAUGACAGUACAUACCCCGGUUGUACGAUUGCAGAUCUGGUUUUUACAGGUUGUAUGAUUGCAGAACUGGUUUUCACUGGUUAUGUUACAGCUAGGUUCGCAGUCUUAUUCACAAAAUAUGUUAUUACAUGCUAAAAAAAUAAGGCAGUAUUGUAAAAUUCAUUGCUUUAAAAUCUAAGAUUUUUCAGGAUUUAAAGGAAUAUAUAAAGGUUAAUGUAUUUUAUUAUUUUUUGUAAUAAUUUCUUUUCAAAUUUACAAUAAUCAAAUUCAUUUAAAAACCCGCAAUUUCAUUGUUUUAAGAUAAAUUAAAACGCCUUUAUACUAAAAAAAAUUUUGCUUCCAAAAAGUAUUUCUUAUUUUUCAUUUUAUUCCACAAUAUUUCAAUUUUAUCUAUUUCCUUAGUUUUUAAGAAAUAAACACAAAAAUUAUACUUAUGUAAAAAUUUGUUGAAGAUUUAAUUUUGAUAACCAAAAAUACAUUUAUUUAUGUAAAUUCAAAUUUGUCCAAAACCUUGUCUUUUUGUAGUUAAAUUAAAAUAUAUUGAACUAUUUAAGCUGUCAAAAAACUCCAAAUUUUCAGAAUAUCAAAAAGAUUGAAGAGAUUUGUGAAUAACUGUAGGUAGCAUAUACAUUACCUACUAUACUGACUAAGAACCCAAUAUGCAUUACAACAAUAACGAUACGUAAAAUCUACAUAGCUGUUUUAUGUUUGAUGUGCAUAAUAUGACUUGACUGUCUUUAAUCCUUUGUUUCUAUAUACAUAUAUGAUAUUGUUAAAGAGUUUCAAUUUAAAAAAAAAAGAUAUUGUAUUAAAUCUGGUUAUAUAGCGAGAAAAACAAUUUGUGAUUAAAUAUAAUCAUUGUAAGAAAUUGGGUCGUUUUUCCUACAUGAGACAAAUAAUUCGUAGGACCAUAAUACAAGCAGAACAGGUGACCUGAAAUAAAACCUGUCUAGAACUAAUUGU